AUUACUCUCAAAAAGAAAACUUCUCAUACCCUUUAGUGCCGACCCAUCACAUAACGACGGCUCCCAUGUAUAACAACAGUCGCAACUCCUCCCAGUUACGCGUAGCAGACCCCUCUCGCGCUAACGUAAAUAGCCAUAACAGGGGCUACGAGUCUAACCAUCAAGACUAUUUUGCAAAUAACCAUACACUUCACAGUAGGCCUGUGCAAGAUUUUUUUGGAAUAAGACCCCUAGUGACACCUCUGUUGAAGCAUAUAGCCCAGGUUAUUUCAAACCACAUGCAAACCAUAAAUUUGUUUCCUCCGUACAGUUUCCAUCACAGAGUACUCCCACCCUUUCCUCCUGGGUAAACUCCCCAAUCAACUUCACCAGCUCAUUUGAUACAUCUCCCAAUAAGUUUAACUAUCAAAAUACCGAGCUAAUGAAGAACAUCCAAUCCCUCACAUCAAACUCAUCUCACACUCGCGAGGGUUACGACGACUUUAUCCGAAAUACCCUCACCCAUUUUAACUUAGUAGGCCACUUGCUUAAUAUAUGUCUUAUCAACGCUCGAUCGAUCUGCAACAAAAAGACGGAUUUAGCCCUGUUUGUAUCCAUAUAUCAACCAUCAGUUAUUAUGAUAUCUGAAGCAUGGACUAACAGUAAUAUUUCCGACCGAAGCAUAUCUCUAGAUAACUAUUCCCUAUAUAGAAGCGAUAGAUUGAAUGGACGAGGCGGAGGAUGCCUUAUUUACGCUCACUCUAGCCUGAACUCACUGCUAUGUGAUAUGCCUGAACUAAACAAACUGAAGGAUUCGGUGUGGAUUGUAUUAAAGCCGUCGAAUUCCGUUACCUUACUGCUCGGCUGUGUUUAUCGUCAACCUAACGCAUCAAUAGAUGAAAUAGCAGUAUUAUCGGAGGUAUUCACGCUAGCAUCAUCCCUUUCAUUCACAGGCAAGCUCAUUUGUGGUGACUUCAAUAUGCCCGAAAUUUCUUGGCUGCCAGUCAAAGCGCCGAGACGUUAUGAAUCAUUUAUUGAAUGUCUAGAGCUUGGACAAUGGACUCAGUAUGUCGAUAGCCCUACCAGACAUCAAAACAUCUUAGACUUAGUCUUUACCAGUGGCCUCAUCCCCAAUACUUUGUAUAUUGGAAAAAAGUUCCCAGGUAGUGAUCAUAACAUUGUCAUAUGCAGCCUUAAUGUAAAAACCACAACCAAUAGAAGUAAAACCGUAACACUUCGUAGAAACUAUCGCAAGGUUGAUUGGAAUAACUUCCACAAUUACCUAAGAAGCACUGAUUGGAGAACUUUCUUUACCUCAAACAAUACCGACACAUUAACCAAUAUAUUUUAUCACAACAUCAAAAGUAUCAUCAACAAUAUCGCACCUUUAGAAUACUGUAAACCUACGUUCUCCAAAGAUCUCUAUAUACCGGUCAGUACAAGAAGACGUCUUCAAAGACAUUGUACUCGAUUCCACAACUUAAAUGACUUUUCCUCUUUAGUAACGAUGACAGAAAUACUUGUCCGAACAGAGGCAAUAACUAAACAAAAAGCAGUAGCACAGGAAAAACGUGCAGUUGAACUUAAUAAUAACUCCUCUGCACUCACCAUACUACUCCAAAAUAAACUUAAACGCUCUAAAUCGAGAGGGAGUAUAUUCAUUAAAGACAAACAAGUAUACGAAGAUCCCAAACUUAUCACAGAAUUAUUCAGUGAACAUUUUUGUUUCUCACUAACUAACGAAAAACCAUUUAAUGAUUCAGAACCAAUCCCAGUAACUCCCUGUGAAAUUACUAAUGUAGAAUUCAGUGUACAAAAUAUCUCCAAAGCAAUCAGUACAUUGAAACACUCCUACACUGAUGGACCAGAUGGUAUUCCAUCUAGCAUGCUAAAACGCGGAGGUGAUGAUAUGUGUGUUUUGCUUCUCAAACUAUUCGCGAUAUCACUCUCCUCAGCGUGUUACCCUACUGCCUGGAAAACUACACAUAUCAUUCCCAAAAUUAAAACAGGACCUGAAGCAAACGUUGAAAAUUACCGGCCUAUAAACAUAACUUCAGUGGUAUCCAGAGUGAUGGAAAAUGUAGUUAAGGCGGCUGUAGUCCAACAUCUAUUAACUAACAAUCUCUUGUCGACCUCCCAGCAUGGAUUUCUUAGGUCCAGAUCAUGCGAUACAUGCCUAGUAGACUACCUGAAUGAUAUAACUCUGAAACGAGACAGCGGACUCCUUGUAUCAGUCCUAUUCCUAGACUUUAAGAAAGCCUUUGAUAAGGUCCCACACAAAAGGCUACUCGUCAAACUAAAGUCCUUCGGAAUACACAACCCACUGUACUCAUGGUUUGCUUCGUUCUUAACAGAACGUAAACAGAUGGUAAAGUACAAUGACUGUCUCUCGUCCCCUAGACCAAUCACCAGUGGGGUCAUCCAGGGAAGCGUAUUAGGGCCACUUUUGUUUCUUAUGUAUAUAAACGAUAUAUGUAACACCAUAGAAUUUGGGAAACCGUACUUAUAUGCUGAUGAUCUCAAAAUAGUAUACAGCUAUAAGCCUGAGAUACUAAGCGAAAGUGUAUCCCAGAUCCAAAAGGACCUCAAUAACUUAACUAUAUGGAGUGAAAAAUGGCAAUUACCAUUUAACCUCAACAAGUGCGGGAUCAUGCACUUUGGAAAGCAUCCCUAUAAACCGCGACUUCACUUAAAUGAAUGUAUAGUCCAAACACUCGAAUCAGUACACGAUUUAGGAAUUAAUUACACAGGAAGCCUAAACUUUGAAGAACAUGCCUCCUCUAUUAUUUCUAAAUCUAGACGGCUAAUUGGUUUUAUAAUGAAAAACUUUUUCACAACAGAGAGUAAACUUACUCUCUACAAAAUAUGUGUACGACCCACCCUUGAAUACUGCUCUUUUGUCUUCUCUAAUAUGAAUAUCGCAGACAAGAUAAGAGUAGAAGAUGUUCAAAGACGUUUCACACGUCAACUACUAGGAUGUAACUCGAAUCUCGAUUACACAGACAGAUGUAAGCAUCUAUCUUUAGAACCUUUAUGGCACCGUAGGCUAAAACACAAUUUAAUAUUUCUCUACAAAGCGAUAUAUGGGCUCUCCUUUUUAACCUCCUGCCCGACUAUCACCCACGACCCAGCCUAUAGACUUAGAAACAACGCAUAUACACUACUUACCGUAAAACAGCAAAAGCAAAUGCGUUGUAAGUUCUUUACAGUACGGUACAGUUUACUGUGGAACAGGCUGCCAAUGCCUAUCCGUAACUGUGAUACGUUUACCAGAUUCAUAAAGCUAAUAACCCUAUUUCUAGACUCCAAAGAGCUUCAACAUUACCUUGAACUCCCGCCCACCGAUGAGGCACUUUAUUACGGACCGGCUAGUAUCUAGAAAGAACAGAAUUAUAACAAGUUCGACUGUUACUAAUCUAAAUAUAACCAAAUCACAGGAUAUAUGGCUUAUCCUUUCCUAUUAUUCAUUGUUUAUUAAUCAUGAUUUCAUGCUCCUAACCCUAGCUUUCAGUCCCCAAAUCUCUACAGGUUAAAUGUGCAUUAUUCUUCCUAAAAGUCAUGCUUUUUUUUCUACUGCAAGUAGACAGAUAGUUCAAUCUUAUGGUUGCUGAUCUACUAAGGCCGAUCAUUCAAAGCUCAAAAUUUGGCCACAAAGUCUUGUGAGUUUCUCAAUGUUUUAUUUUUCUCACCCUAAAGUCUUUUUCUUUUUUUUCUACAAUUUUAUACCCUCUCAUAUCUUUUGAUUUACUAUUAAUCCUUACUUCUUUAAACCAUUAGUUAUUUUCAUAGCAGUGUGAUAUACCAUAUGGACAUCUAACCCAUAAAGCAGAAUUUUUAAAUAUCUGAUUUGCUUGUAACAUGGACCUAGUAGAGACAGUGUAUUCCAACUAUGUGCUUUGAUUAAAGCAUUAAUCAUACUUACCACAAACGUAAGAGAGCCUAACAUCACAAAAGGAGGGAGGGUGGCGUUACUGACCAGCAAACAUGAAGGUGGGGAGAUAAAUUCAAUCCACCCAUGUCUGUAGGGCAGAACAUUUUGUUUAAUUACGGCUCCUUAUGGUUUAGUGGGAUGUCACGGACUUAAGGUAUUGAAGCUGAUCUAUCACGCAAAAUACCUCUUUAAAUCAUGUUACGAACGUUGAAUUGGUUUCACUUCCUACUCAGAAAUCCUAUUACAAGCAAACUAGACAAUUCGCUAAUAUACGAAGCCUACUCAAGACCCUAUAAAACCUGAAAAAAAAGAAAUAAAAAAAAACGAAAGGGGCUCUAAUAGCUUCGAUAAUAAAAGGAAGAUAGCCAGUUGUAUAUCACAAUACUGUUUCUAGCACUAUAUUUUAUUUUAUAAUCACACAUAAUCUUAUACUCUCAGCUCUUUUCCGAAUCGCCUCCAUUUGUCAGUUGUAUGUCCACUCACACCUUGCUAAAGCUUAUUUUCUUUAACCUAUUAAAAUGCUCUUUCUUAACAAAUACCUUAAUAAAAGAAAAUUAGACUGAGUAAUCAUACCUUAAACAUUCCUACAUGAAUAUUGGCUACUCUGCCUCUCGUGUUUUCUUUUACUUGCUCCCUCUUUCAGCCCCCUUGAGAUAUGGAACGGGUUACUUCAUCCUGCACCAUCCUUAAAGCCUUGGAUAUCCCAAAGGGACAUAAGGUUGCGAUUUCUAGAAGCUCAUACCUUCAAUGGACCUAUUCUUGACCAUCAGUCGCACAUUCGCAACGCAACUCUCGUGAAGCGCGCCAACUAUAAUACUGAUUAAAACUAUCUACAUUCAUGCCUUAUAAAUUUUCAACCCAGCUAUGUAAUUUAAUACAGUGUAUAUUGUAUCAUUUGUAUCAAUUUGAUCUUGCCUGUAAACUGGCAUGCCUCGUGUAACAAACUGUUAUUUGAGAAUAAAUUAUUAUUAUUAUUAUUAUUA